AGCACACAACCUCCUGAACUUCCUAAUCGAAUCGCCUACAACGGAGCGCUGAUCAGCGGAAGAGAGGCCCAAAAUCGACAAAUGCUGCUUUCUGUCAUGUCCUUCCUUCGUGCCAACAUACCGUUUAUCUUCAUCGACGUUCCUUCUACCGCCACUAGGGCACCGAACAAAGGCAUUUCCCCUAAAGCCCUUUGUAUCAUCACAUCCUAUCGUGAGCAUUACCGACGGCUAUACGAAGCCGCUGACGCGGCCGGAGUGGAGCUCACAAAAGUUGGUUAA